UGGUUGUGCUUUUUCACAGUCUGCUGUUUUAGUUUCGAGUCGUUGACGAAGGGUUCUGUGAAUUGUGCUUUGAUUGGAGUUUUGUCGAAGUGGUGGGGUGCCUACCAACAUAGAGCUACCUGUGUGCUUUCGAGUAGUUGUAGUGGUCGCGAUCGGUAUCGCCCAUCGUCCACCACCCCCCACGGAUUGAGCCUGUAGUGCCACUGAUCGGUGUGUGUAUUGUGAAUUAAGUCAAGUGAUUGAAGAUCCCAAAGAGGCAAUCAAGAAAAAUCCGUGUCCGUGAACGUGUAGGAAGUGCAGUGCGAUCCGCGGGAGCCUGCACCGAGUUGCGCACGUUGCGCAACUGCGAGUGUUCUCUCGAGUGUGACCCUGACCUUGGUGCGGUGAGUGCGUAGGUACCACCGUUGUCGACCCCAGCGCACAUCGAAAGCAAAAGUGAAGAACCCGCGCGGGAGGACCUAGCGGGGGAGACACCGUGGACGCCCCUUCGGCGGUGAAGUUUCGGCUGGCUGGCUCGUGCUAGUUCGCUCGACAUUCGCGGAGCGGCAUGGGGACGCAGGGCCGGAGGAUGGCGCAGGAUCAUGACCGGUGGAAAACGAUGCGCAAUCUGGCGGCACCGGUGCUGCUGACCGGUUGGUGGUUCCACGUGCUACUGGUGGCCACCACGGCCGUGCGGGCCGAGUCCAGCAAACUAGAGUUAGGUGGAGGAAGUACAUAUAGGAAUGAUUCAGACGUGCCAUGUCCGACGGGGACGUUUCGGUGCUCCGAGGGCAAAUGCAUCCCGCAGACGUCGGUGUGCAAUUAUCAGAAAGAUUGCGAGAAAGGCGAGGACGAGUUCAACCACUGUCCUCCCCCGGAAUGCGAGCAGGGCCAGAUCAGCUGCGGCCAGUACGUGUUCAACAAGACGUACUGCAUACCACCGCACUACAAGUGCGACAUGACCGUCGACUGCGUGGACGGCACGGACGAGUCCGACUGCACGGCGACGGUGGUGACUGGUGAUGGUGGUAGAUGCAGCCCCAUUCUAAGAUUCCGAGUGGACCGGCCGGGCGUUCGGUGCUGCACCGGAGUACCAGGGGAGAAGGUUCAGUUUAUUCUUUUUGCCAAAGGUGCGCUGAGCUCAGCGCACUUCAAGGUGAUCCUCUUUCCACGAGAACCGCUCCUCGCGUUCAAUCGCAGCGCGCUGGCGCUGCUGUUGGCUGCUGGGAAUUUAGCACCUCCACAUGAUGGCAUGGGGCUUCGGCUUGCAUAA